AUUGGAGCGGCCACUCCGACCGACCCGGCAACAGGCUUCGUAAAGAAAGAUGAACCCUUCCCAAAUCCUUCCGUUCUUCAUUCAAAACUAGAAGCAAGUAAUGCAGCUUCUCCCAUUCGUCUCCAGAGCUCUCCCUCUCCCUCUCCCUCUCCCUCCUUCGAAUUCCUUCAAGAGUGGCCUCUCCCCCAAUACGCUAGCCCAAAGAAGAAAUACUUCGACCAGUGGAGGCCUGCCUCCCGGCGUCCCAGUAUCCUCUCUCGUGCCAGUUAGCUCCUUUCUUUCCAUUGGGAAAUCAAGAACCGAUUACCGGCUCUCUUUCUUUUUCCUUGAUCCAUCUCUUUGCCUUGUUUUGAUGCUCCAGUUCAAUCUUCUAGGGUUUUCGUUAACUCCUCCAUCUACGAAGGGAAAGCCGGCCUUGCUGUGGAACCGAAAGCUCCCGAGUUCACACCAUUGGAUCCCAGGCAAUCAGAUGGUUCAUGGCUUGGACCGUCCAGGCAGCUUGUCUGACUUGACACACUGUACAGUGGCAUGUAUCCUGGAAUGCUUCUUUUGGGUGGUUUAUGCUAGAAGUAGACUGAACAUGCCCAUGACCAAGCACUUCCAUCUUGAGAAAUGCGGUGGUGUGGCAUUCCACGGGAAAGUUUAAUGUUGUUGGACAUCUGAUGGACAGGCAUAAAUGUCUCGCUCCCUUUGGUCACUUUGCCAUGCUGAAUGACAGUCUGGGAGAGGGGAUAGGUCAAUAUUUUUCUAUUCUCUUUUAUAUACUGUAGACGUUUUCCUCUUGUAAGAGACACUUAAUUGAAUAGUAUCUUUAAUAUAGUUUCAUAUCUUGGAUCAUCUUUGU